GAUCUGGAGAUAGUAUAUUCUUAUUUACAUGGAAUGGAAGCUUUGUCUAAUUUAAGAGAACAUCAGCUCAGAAUCAUGUGUGAAACCGUGAGAUAUGAGCGGCAUGAAGCCAAUGAAGUUUUAUACUAUCCUGAUGAUAUUGGAACCUGUUGGUAUAUUCUUCUGUCUGGUUCAGUAUUUAUCAAAGAAUCAAUGUUUCUUCCAAGGAGCAGUUUUGGGAAACGCUCUGCAGGAAGCUUCAGGCGUGGCUGUGAAUGCAUUGUUCUAGAACCAUCUGAAAUGAUUGUGGUGGAUUACAUGGAUGAAAAUGAAGAAUAUUUCCAGCGACAAGCUUCACAUAGACAAUCAAGGAGGAGAUUUAGGAAAAUCAACCAAAAAGGAGAAAGACAAACAAUUAUUGAUACUGUUGAUGCUUAUCCUGUAGGGAAGCCACCCUUACCUAGAGGUUAUCAUACGGAAUGCACUAAACAGCAGCUACCUGCAGAUUUUACAAAACUGCACCUCACUGACAGUCUCCACCCACAGGUGACCCACGUUUCAUCUAGUCAUUCAGGAUGUAGCAUCACUAGUGACUCUGGCAGUAGCAGUUUAUCUGAUAUCUAUCAGGCCACAGAAAGUGAAGCUGGUGACAUGGACCUGAGUGGAUUACCAGAAACAGCAGUAGAUUCUGAAGAUGAUGACGAUGAAGAAGAUAUUGAGAGGGCUUCUGAUCCUUUGAUGAGCAGAGAUAUUGUUAGAGACUGUCUAGAAAAAGAUCCAAUAGACAGGACAGAUGAUGAUAUUGAACAACUCUUGGAAUUCAUGCAUCAAUUACCAGCUUUUGCUAACAUGACAAUGUCAGUGAGAAGAGAACUCUGUGCUGUGAUGGUAUUUGCAGUUGUAGAAAGAGCAGGAACCAUUGUUCUAAAUGAUGGAGAAGAACUUGAUUCCUGGUCUGUUAUUUUGAAUGGUUCUGUAGAAGUAACAUAUCCAGAUGGAAGAACAGAAAUAUUAUGCAUGGGAAACAGUUUUGGUGUUUCUCCUACUAUGGACAAAGAAUAUAUGAAAGGAAUCAUGAGAACCAAAGUGGAUGACUGCCAGUUUGUAUGCAUAGCCCAACAAGAUUACUGUCGCAUACUGAACCAAGUAGAAAAGAACAUGCAGAAGGUAGAAGAGGAAGGGGAGAUUGUUAUGGUAAAAGAGCAUAGGGAACUGGAUCGCACUGGAACAAGAAAAGGUCACAUUGUUAUUAAGGGAACACCGGAGAGAUUAACAAUGCAUUUAGUUGAAGAACAUUCAGUAGUGGAUCCAACUUACAUAGAAGAUUUCCUAUUGACAUAUAGAACCUUCCUUUCGAGCCCAAUGGAAGUGGGGAAAAAGUUAUUGGAGUGGUUUAAUGAUCCUAGCCUCAGGGAUAAGAGUAAUUGUGUAAGCACAGUAACUAUGUUUCUCUCCUGUUACUGCAGUGAUAUUGCAAUUGGUCAGUCUCAGGAUGAUAGCAUUGUAGGUUUAAGGCAGACCAAGCACAUUCCUCCUGCUUUACCUGUCAGUGGAACACUGUCAUCAAGUAAUCCUGAUUUACUGCAGUCACAUCAUCGCAUCUUAGAUUUCAACACAACCCCAGAUUUACCAGAUCAGGUUCUACGAGUCUUUAAAGCAGAUCAGCAAAGUCGCUACAUUAUGAUAAGCAAAGACACAACUGCAAAAGAAGUCGUCGUUCAAGCUAUUCGUGAGUUUGCUUUAACCACCACCCCAGAUGCUUACUCGUUAUGUGAGGUCUCUGUCACUCCAGAGGGUGUCAUUAAGCAGCGGAGACUUCCAGAUCAACUCUCCAAACUUGCUGACAGAAUACAGCUUAGUGGAAGGUAUUAUUUGAAAAAUAACAUGGAGACAGAAACUUUGUGUUCAGAUGAAGAUGCUCAGGAAUUGCUAAGAGAGAGCCAAAUUUCUCUACUGCAGCUCAGCACUAUAGAGGUGGCUACCCAACUCUCAAUGCGUAAUUUUGAACUGUUCCGCAACAUUGAACCUACAGAGUACAUAGACGAUUUAUUUAAACUGAAAUCUAAAUUUAACUGUGCUAAUUUAAAAAAGUUUGAAGAAGUAAUAAACCAAGAAACCUUUUGGGUAGCAUCUGAGAUUUUGCGAGAAACCAACCAGUUGAAAAGGAUGAAGAUAAUUAAGCACUUCAUUAAGAUAGCACUGCACUGCAGGGAAUGCAAGAACUUUAACUCAAUGUUUGCAAUAAUAAGUGGUCUGAAUUUAGCUCCGGUUGCAAGAUUACGAACCACGUGGGAAAAACUUCCAAGCAAAUACGAGAAAUUGUUUCAAGAUCUUCAGGACUUAUUUGAUCCAUCUAGAAACAUGGCAAAAUACCGCAAUGUCUUGAAUAGUCAGAAUCUACAGCCCCCCAUUAUUCCAUUGUUCCCUGUAAUAAAAAAGGAUCUUACAUUUCUUCAUGAAGGAAAUGAUUCCAAGGUGGAAGGUUUGGUCAAUUUUGAGAAAUUAAGAAUGAUUGCAAAAGAGAUCCGCCAUGUGGGUCGAAUGGCUUCCGUUAAUAUGGAUCCUGCUUUAAUGUUCAGGACUCGGAAGAAGAAAUGGAGGAGUCUGGG